AGGUUGGAUUUUGAGUUUGGGUUAUGGUGAUUGGGGAGCGCGCGCGCAUCGCAUACACUCUCAACAACCACAUGGUCCAUACUCGUACGUACGGCGAAAGAAAAACCCUUGCUGGCGACGAUCGACACCGCCGUUGGGAUCAGUCAGGUGCGAAGCACCCAAUCGAGCGGACGUUCUUUUUCAUGGUUCUCGGCGGUGAUCGAAGAAAUCUUGAAACUUUUUUUUUGUUUUAUUAUCGUGUGGUGCCGAUUUUGUUGGACCGAUCGGCUGAGGAUUUCGUCCUGUUGUGUGUUUCUGGUGCACGGGGAAAGAGAGAAGAUGAAGAUCGGGAUUGUCGGUUUAGGAUUCGAAGAAAUCUGACGACGAUCGGUGGUGCUGCGGAGAAGUAAUCGCGCGACAGGUGUUUUGCGAAGACGAUCUCGGUGCCCGUAACGAAUCUCGGCGUAAGGUGCGUUUCGGUUUUGGAUUUGGAAGUGAUAUUUUGGUGAAACUGGAUCGAGGCUGUAACUGUUGGUUAGAAGGAUUUUGGAGGAAGUUAUCGUGUGAGGAGUGGGUGCUGUGAAGUGAUCGUUAAAACAAGGAAUACAGCGAAAGACCGGUACCACAGUGAAACGUUCGUAGCUUUUUGAACAGCAGGAAGGACACCCGUAGAAUUUGUGAUCAACCUUGACCACCAUCACCGGCUUCCCGUCAUCGAGCAGUUCCAGGAGGACCGGACGUCACCAGCAUCGUACACAGGGCAAGAUGGCGCACUUAUCGCCUCCGCCGUCGCCACCGGCUCUGAACAGCCAAACUACGGAGCUGAACUCUGCCUCGGCCACGAAUCUAAUGCAACGGGCAUCCGCUUUCAGCUCCGUGCUCGGACAAAAGUGGAGCGCUAGAGAUUUGCCACUAUUGUACAACCCCCUGUUCUACUCGGGAGCAGCGUUCCUAUGGCCACAGUUCCUGCUGCCUCAACAGCCCAUAACACCGAUCUCGCCGAACUUGACCAACUCGCGAGACUACACCCUGACUCCGGAAAAGGAAGAAGUGAUCGACGAAGACAUGCCCUUGAACCUCUCGAUGAAGCCGUCUUCGUCGACACCGAACUCGAGGUCUACGUCAGCGACAGUUGCCAGUGCGGCCGCAGCUGCAGCCGCCUCGCUAGCCCAUUCCAUCCACAUCUGGUCUCCGGCGAGCAUGUGCGAGAAGGAAACAAUAGACGACAGCCAAAGCAAUAUCGACAUCGAGAAUGACGAUGGCGAUGAUGAUUCCUCCAGUGGGGAGCUACAGAUCGAUGAAUCGAGGGAUCUACGGCGGGAUCACCAGCACCAGCAGUACAUGGAGAACCAGAAGGCCCGUAUUCUGACCGAGUACAACAACCUUCUGUUGAACAGUGGCGCCGCCGCAGCGGUCGCUAGUGGAAUGAGUGGGAAGGGCGGCGAUCGAAACUACUUCAACUACAGCAAGAUCAGCAAGGGAUACUUUACGCAUUUACAGCAGCAACAGAAGAAUCUGGAAAUCCUGCGCCAGAACCGUACGGAUGUGUUUGUGGUGAACAAUGACAAUGGGGGUAGUAAUCUGAACAACAACCGCGAAGGUGUGAAGAACAAUAACGUGACUGUGUUCAGUGAAGAAAGCGGUGAAGUACGGGUGAAGAAUGAAAUCGCGCGACCGGAUUCGACCGGUCACAGUGAAGGAUACGUGUUCAAACGGGAGCCUGGUCAUCCGGAGGAGAAGAAACCCGCUCGACUGUACCAGUGUAAACAAUGCGGCAAAACGUUCAAACGGUCCAGCACGCUAUCGACUCAUCUGCUGAUCCACAGUGACACCCGACCCUAUCCGUGCCAGUACUGCGGCAAGCGGUUCCACCAAAAAUCCGACAUGAAGAAGCACACGUACAUCCACACCGGUGAAAAACCGCACAAAUGUGUCGUCUGCCUCAAAGCGUUCAGCCAAAGUUCCAAUCUCAUCACACACAUGCGCAAGCACUCCGGUUACAAACCUUUUUCAUGCGGGCUGUGCGAUAAGGCCUUCCAGCGGAAAGUGGAUCUGCGUCGUCAUCGUGAGGGUCAGCACGGCGAAAUAGUUGGAAGCGGACCAUCUCCGAAUGGCAGCACCCUUCCGACAAGCGACGACUACAAAUCGCCGAAUAUUUCCAUGCUGGGUGCUGGUGGUGGUAGCCCCUCCAGUCCCGAUCUGCAUCGCAGUACGCCUCCGAGCCAUCAAUCGGCGGCUAUGGCAGCCGUUGCCGCAGCGGCUGUAGCGGCGGCUGCCGCAGCAGGCUUCCACCACAAUCAAAACCACCACCACCACGCUGCUGCCGGUGCUCAUCAUCGCAAUCACAAUCACCACGCGGACAUUAAAAUGGAAGUUAGCAGCAGUUGCUCUUGAUUCAGCCCCGGCUGGGCUCAGCUCCCGCCGAUGACGCCGAUUUAGUUUACUUUCAUACACCUAAACCUACCUUUUACGAAACACACUCAGUCCGAUCCACAAACCCUGGUCCUAAUGACGAUUUUUUGUUUGGAACAAGCAGACAAAAAGAGAUAUAAAUUCUGACAACAACAGAUGUUGCUCUAUUUGGGCGCUUCUUCUUCGCACUCGCCUACUGCGUGUCUCGCUUUUCGGGAACACGCGUCAGAUGACGUUUCGGCUUUAUUCGGCCUUCGCUUUGUUCUUUCUUCUCUCAACUAACCUUGUUCGCAACGCCGAAGCGAGACCGAAGGGCACUCCAAUCCAAACAAUAAAAAACGCAUCACAUCGUAUUAAAAGAAAUUCGCAUCUACCUAAGCUAAUUUGUACAUUGUAGUCGUACUGGUCAACCGAGUUGUAGACGUACUGGUUAAGUUAAUCACGCAUCCUUAGGUUUAGUUAGUUAAUUAUUCUGAUCUAGACAAACCAAAGCUAAUCGAUUUCUUCCCAGCCCUGGAAAGAAAAUCAAUUUUGGCUCGACUCCGAAAAAAAAGCGAAGCUUCAAACACCAAAUUCCACAAACGUUUGUAAAUAUUUUUAAUUUAUUGGAAAUCCUAGUUUCUGGUCCCGAAUUUCGCGUACAUAUUUACAUAAUGUCUAGUCUUGUUUGUAUGAUAGAAAUACGAGAAAAAAUUAAUCCGGGAACACCUUCCGAAGGAGUGUUCCCCUGAUGGGGAAACGAGAGGCGCUUUUGUUACCGAGAAUGUAGAAGACUGCACUGGAAGGUUCUUCACCCCUCUAAAACACACACACGCGCACUGUAGAAACGAACCGCACUAAACUAACAUUCCUAUCCUAAGAAGUAUCAUAUCAGUUCGGAAGAACCUUCCGGGGCGUGCACUUAGUCAAUGGAUGGAGAAGUUCGCACACUUUUUCCUAUUCAUUUAACAGCUACCGAACCAAAGACGCUAUAUUUUGUAAACGCGACAACCGACGACAAUCGAAAGCACUUUUGUAAUCUUGUACACUGUGUCAAAUGCUUGCUUUUUUUUAUUUUCUGUAAGACUGUACUAUGUUUUUUUUCUCACUUUAACGUACCCGCCAAUCCGUGUCUGGCUGCUUAUUAAGUCGUACUAUUUUUCUGUCCACAAUUCCAAUUUCGUUCGUUUGGAACGGCCACCACCUCUUUUCGGGAUCUUUGUUCGUGAUCGAAAUUUGUUAUUUAGUGUUUUAGUUAGGGGAGGCAGCGGAGCGGAAGUAAAUAAAAUCAGCUGAAAUGAUGAUCAUCCAAAUAUUGAACUAGUUGAUAAGUUUUUACAUGUUCAUGACGGUGUAAUCUAAGGUGUACAAUUUUGUUAGCUCAAUAGCCAGUAGUAAUUUAUGUUAAUAGGUUUCCCAUUUUUUUUUCAUUUAAUAGAUGAAAGUUCUAUUAGUCAAGAUUAAGUUUUAUGUGUAGUGGUAAAAAUAUUUUCCUUAAAAGUAUAGACUUUAGAUUUUUCAAUUAGUCCUAAGAAGUUAGUCGUUGUAUAUUUUCAAUACAAUGUAGAAAUGUGUAUAGGAUAUUAGCCCUAUCAAACAAUAAAUUUUU